AUGUUUCCACUCCAUUUUCAUUACGAAGAUGUAUCACGUCAGGAUCCGUUGCUCAAACUGAAUCACGCCAACGUUAUGGAAGUUCCUGGAUCGUGUGAAAUAAGAGUAGUACCAAAGGCACCCUAUGAUUUCAUAAUCAAAAAUGGAAAAUUGGCUAUGGAGAUUCCGCGCGGUCAGAAAUUCAUACAGACACAAAGGGGUUCGACAGGAAAGUCGUUUCGAUCCAAUCCAUUCUUGGGGUCAAAUAAAGAAAAAGGAUAUGUCAGUGACCUAGCACGACAAAGCACUCUCCGAGGGCAUGGAAUGUCUAAUUUUUCGGUCAGAAUCUCGACAGUAAUGUCUCUGUUAGAUUCUCCGGUCGAAAUACGGGAAAACUCCAUUCAAUUCUCGAUGGAAACGGAGUUUUGCGAAUUCUCCCCGGAACUGGAAGAUCAUUUCGAGAUCUUCGAACAUAUUCGAGGGUUCAAUGUGACUAUUGUCACUUCGGCCAACACACAAGAUGAGACUUUACCACCGUGGAGCGGCUUUUUGCAAAAAGAUGAGGGAGAAACUCAGUAA